AAUAUUGGAUUCGAUUUGUUACCAGUUCAUUGAAUAUAAUUUAGUAUUUUAAUUGAAAAAUAGUAAAAUAAAAAGUAAUUUAAGGACAAUGGAUAAAAUUCCACAAGAUUUUAAUUUAGAACAUUUAGAAAUAAGAUUACAAAAUAUUACAGAAAAUGCUAAAGGAUUUGUACAAACAAAAUGGGAUCAAUUUAUUGAUAUUACAGGUGAAGAUCCAUAUAAUAUGUGGAUUUAUGGAUUAGUUGCACAUACAAUAAUUGUCUACUGGGUUUAUGGUGCCUUAUUCACAUAUAUGGAUAUCACAGGAAAACCGAAAUUUUUAAGAAAAUAUAAAAUACAACCUGGAACAAAUGAACCAGUUGAAACUAAAAAACUUAUAAAUGCCAUUCUUGUUGUACUUUUUAAUCAAUUUUUUGUUGCGGGAAUUACAACAUAUUUAACAUUUCAUUAUAUUAGAGAUGCUAAAAUAAUGCCACCAGUUAGAGAAUUACCAACAAUUUAUAGAUUUUUAACUGAUUUAUUGGGAAGUUUAGUAUUAACAGAAAUAUCAUUUUAUUAUUCACAUAGAUUAUUACAUAGUAAAUAUGUAUAUAAAUAUAUACAUAAGAAACAUCAUGAAUGGACAUCACCAAUUGCUAUAACAGCUGUAUAUUGUCAUCCAAUUGAACAUAUAUUUAGUAAUAUUGUUUCAGUUACAGUUGGUCUACUCUUAUUAAAAAGUCAUUAUAUAACAUUUUUAAUAUGGUUGGCAUUUUCAUUAAUAACAACAAUAAGUCAUCAUUCCGGUUAUUGGUUACCAUUAAAUUUUAAUCCAGAAUUUCAUGAUUUUCAUCAUUUAAAAUUUAAUUAUUGUUAUGGUGUUACCGGUUUCUUGGAUAUGGUACAUGGUACUGAUUCUUUAUUUAGGAAAUAUAAGGCAUCAGAAAAACAGAAACAAAAAAAUAAAAUAAAAUAAAAUUAAGGGGUUUAUAUAAGAGAUUUUGGGAGAAAAAGGCUGUUGCUUUAUAAUUUUAGUUGUUAUUAUAAAAAUUUUGUAAAUAAAUUAAAUUUAA